GCAACGCCGUCUAAAAACAAUCAACUCAUCUUUCAAACUUGACCAAACUACGAAUGGAAUGAGGACUCGGUCGUCUCCGAAGGGUGCUCGUCCUGGCACUCAGCAGCUUACGUGUGGCUCACAGAUGGCUUCUGUCUCAUUCUGUGUAAUCCAAUCAUCCUGCACGGCUGCGUCUCACACUUCGUCUCUGGGAGUAAUUGAAAAGCUCACAGCGGCAAUUGUCUCUUCUUCCAGAUGUCAUCAGUAGGAAGAGCGCGCCUUUCGCCACCUUUCUGACAAAGGAUGCGCCCAUGGCUCUCCAGACCAGAGUCGCUCCGAGCAAGCUUGUUUUGCAGAAUCUUCUUGUAUGUGUGAUCCUCUUCUACACCAUGUACUACGCAGUUCUGGGCACGUGUGGCAUGAUGCUCAAGGUAUAUGAGCUGGAUGUCCUGGCACCAUUUGAUUUCAAAACAAACCCCUCAUGGCACAACACAAAUUAUAAAGUUCUUCUAGUCUCAACACAAGUCACCUACUUUGUUUGCGGAUUGCUCUUCAUUCUAGUUGUAGAAGAAUGGGUCUGGGAUUAUGCUGUUUCAGUAACUAUUCUCCAUGUUGUCAUCACUUCCGCUGGUGGCUAGAACCAAGAGACACUGCUCAAGACAAUAUAAACACAGCAUAUCUUUGUUCAAAUUUUUAAAAAGUGACUGCUCUGGGAAACUGAAGAUGCCUUUGCUUUGUCAUUGAACUGAAUAAAAACACUCACCUUGCAGAGAUGAUUUACAAAAUCAUCUUUUUGAAUUUACAAAAUCAUCUUUUUGGAUGGACUCGUGAUAAACAGCUGCUGUGUCUCUCAUUUAAUCCCUAAGCCAGUGUGAUAGAAAAGCAUGGUCUGACUUUUGCCAUUGAUCCAUUUUCUACCAUGGGGACAAGACCAUACUCUAAGGAAUGGUCAAACAAUAAGA